AUGCCUCCCAAGACAGGCCGCGGUCGCAAAGCAGCGGGCACCCCGCGACAAUCCACAGCCGGCGACCGGGCUGCAGUAAGCGCUACGAAAGCCGCUGCGACUACAUCGCCAUCCGCUUCGAGAGUGCGCAAGUCCACUGGACCGUCCCGCGGGGGCAAGAGACCAGCCGGAAAGCAACCCAGAGAGUCCGAUGUCCAGCCUGGUGACCCCACUCCCCGAGGACGUUCACGCCGCUUCAAGCCUGGGACCGUGGCUCUCAAAGAGAUCCGCAAGUAUCAGCGUACUUUCGAUCUCCUCAUUCAAAAACUCCCCUUCGCUCGGCUGGUCCGCGAGGUCGCGCUUGAUCUCCUCCCUUCAGAUGUAGGCUCCGAGCUGCGCUGGCAGUCGCAUGCGAUCCAGGCGCUCCAGGAAGCCGCCGAAGCCUUCCUUGUCCACCUGUUCGAGGACACCAACCUCUGCGCCAUCCACGCCAAGCGCGUGACCAUCAUGCAGAAAGAUAUCCAACUAGCUCGGCGCAUCCGCGGUGCCUGGGGAGGUCUGGGUUAA